GUGAGAGGAAGAACCAACAGUCUUCAACAAGCAUCCAUAACAACCCAGCCUACACUAAUCACGACAAUCACCAAUCAUACAAACACAAUCACUCACUCUCUCCAUCACUCUCCCUCUCUCUCUCUCCACCAGUGCCAGGACACGGACGCCACGGAGAUCGACUUGAUCCUGGUGGUGACAACUCUCUCCACCAUCACCAUUACUUCGGGAGCCGCUGUUUUCUCCCGCUACGAGAGAUGGUCCUACUUCGACUCCGUCUACUACUGUGUCAUCACCCUCACCACCAUAGGUUUCGGGGACAUGGUGGCCCUGCAGAAGGACCACGCCCUUGACCAGAAACCCGAGUAUGUGGCCUUCGCUCUCAUUUUCAUCCUCUUCGGCAUGGCCAUUGUCGCCGCCUCCCUCAACCUCUUCGUCCUCCGCUUCGUCACUAUGAACACUGAGGACGAGAGAAGAGACGAGGCUGAGGCUCUACAAGCUGCUGCUGGUGCUGUGCGACUCGAGGGAGACGUGAUCACAGCCAACGGGUCCAUCCUGUCUGGUCAGUGUCCUCAGGAAGGCGCCUCCUUCACCGACCUCACCUCCGUCUGCUCCUGCACUUGCGCUUCCUGUGCCCCAUGCCACUCCUUCCCCUUCCGACGCUCAUACAGCUUCCGCAAGAGGUCUAUGAAUCUGUCGUACAUCCUGCCGCGGCGCCAGCGGCGCCAGCAGCAGCAGCAGCAGCGGCAGCAUCUCCAGCAGCACCUACGGGAGGAGGAGCAGCCGGAGAGAGAGGAGUUGGAGGUGACGCACACGGACACUCAGGAGGAACUCUGCUCCACCUCCUCGGAAGAAGAGGUCAUGCCCACACUUGCGCAUGCGCAGAAAAGAAACUCUGUCUAGUGUUAUA